CCGUGGAAGCCCCGGGACGCGCGUCCGACCGCGCAGUUAGCGCCGCCUGGUUUAGGGCGGACCGAGUUAGAGACCUUCUGGCGUCGUCCUUAUGGGGAUGUGUUUUCCUUGCCCAGGAGAGUCGGCGCCUCCGACGCCGGACCUGGAAGAGAAAAGAGCAAAGCUUGCAGAGGCUGCAGAGAGAAGACAGAAGGAGGCUGCAUCUCGAGGAAUUUUGGAUGUUCAAUCUGUGGAAGGAAAGAAAAAGAAAAAGGAAAAAUUAGAAAAACAAAUUGCUGCAUCUGGUCCUCCACCAGAAGGUGGACUUAGGUGGACAGUAUCAUAAAGCAUGAGUGGAAGAGUCAGUGCCAGUAACUGUUUAAUAUCUGCAAUCAAGUGGACUUCCUCAGUUUAAUCCCUUUCUUUGGAUAAAUAAAGAUUCAGAUGUUUUAAUAGUAUUGUCCUUGCAUACAAUGCUAAAUAGAUAUUGAAAAUACCGAAAAAGCACUUAUUUUUUAAACUUAAAAAUGGCCGCAACUUUCAUUAAAUACUUAUAUUCCUGCGUCUGUUCUACUACAGUUAGUGGAUAAUUUGCCUUUUUUUUUUUUAGUAGUUAAAAAUGAACCUAAAUAGUGAAUGCAUAUACAUUGCAUGCAAAAAUUCUGCAUUCAUCUCUCUUAUUAAAAUUUGCUAUUACAUUUCCUUCCUUUAUAACAUGAUCUAACUACUUACCUUUGUACAACUUCAUCUGGUAAGUGUUUUUAUUGCACUGUAUGUGAAACUUUUGGUUAAACUUGUUGGGGUUAGUGCCUUUAAACUGAUCAUCAGGGAAAAUCUUAAAUAUUUGAAGGGCUUAUGUGAAGGAACACUGUAAAUUCUUGUAGGUUAGUAGUAUUUUCAAGCAAACGUUAGAUUUUCUCUAAUUUAUUUUCUAUUACUAUAGCUUAUAAAAUUAACGUAUUGUGUUUUACAUUACAAUAAAAUUUUUUGUUUGCUGAAUUUAAGAUUAUGUAUUAUGACACAAUGAAAGGCCGGUGAUGUACUACUGUAUAAUAUCACAUUCAGCUCUAUUAAGAUCUUGGUGAUAAUUGAAUGAGUUAAGCUAAUAAUCUGGAUGGUUUAUAUGAACGGUAACAUAUUUGUCCAAGUUUUGUAAGUGUUGUUAUACUUUUGUAUUUUUUAAAGAAUGAUCAUAAGACUUAUCCAGAUGUGAAAUUGCUAAGGAAAAUAUGAAAUGUAUGACAUAGAAAUAUAUGUAUUUAAAAAGUUCUACUUCAAACAUAAAAAUAUAUGUAUUAGAAGAUAACUAUACAAUUCACAGUCAUACUUUUUAGAUUUUCAUUCAUUAGGAAUGUGAGUUUUAUAGAUUUUUAUCUGCUUUCUUUUUUUAAUAAAUAAUAAUGCCAAAAAUAAGAAUGGUUAUUAGCUAGUAAAGUUGCUAAUUUUUUUAAAGAACAAGGCCACGUUCUGAGCUCUAAAUUAGAAUUUGCUGAUAGUGCCAAUAGAUAAUGUAAAUUAAGUAGACAGCUCCAGCUCAUUUGCAUAACACAAAAGGAACUGAGCCAGUAUCUCACCUAACCUUUCCUCACUUAUUUUAUAUUGCAGGAUGUUAUAGUUAUUAAUUGUAAAGGGUUUGAAUUACGUAAAAUAGGUAUCUUGACUUUUCAUGGUAAAAUAGUUUCUCUGUUAGGGAAUGAGAGGUUGACAGGCUCAGUUUUCUUUAUCCUUUACAGGAUUAGGGCUAUUUUGUUCAUAAAGAUGGUGAAAUCAUUGAAUUGUAUUUUAGAAUUAAAAUUUUUGACCUUCUAAAAAAUUUUUACUCUUUAAAGGCAACAGGGAUAAAGGAGAUCAUUAAUAGCUGAACAGAUAAUGAACGAGAGUGUAUGAUCCCUAAAUUUCACAAAUCCUUCCUCCUAUUUCACUACAGCAAGAACAAUUUUCUCUUUAUGUUAAAGAAUUAGAAUUUGGGUUAUUGUGAACAAAAUAUUUACUUCCAGAGGAUAAUGCCUUACAGCAGUUUAUCCCCCACUACUGUGUUUAUCUACGGUAGAAAAAUCAGCAAUAUGGAGGUAUUUUGCUUUGGGAAAAAUGGGAUAUUCUCCUCCUUCUAGCCAUGGCCUGCCUCCAGGGGUGUGGUCGGAUUUCCUCAAAACCACAUGAAUUGCAGUGGUAAGGGGUGAUACCGAAAUGUUAGCAACAUUGUUGGGAAAGGGCAGAGAGAAGGGGUGCCUGGAUGCCUAAUAAGAUAGCAAAUGAAUACUAAUAAAUACAUAUGAAUACUCUCAGACAUUAUAAAGUUAUAGAUAAAUUCCUAUGAAAACCUUAAAUAGCCAAUUUCCCAUAAUUCAUAAUUUAAAUACUAUUAUUUUUAUGCUUAGUAUGUCACUGAAGUCCCCCAGCCAAAUUAUUAAGCUAUUCCUGAAACACAAAAAUGAAUGUAUGUAACUAUCAUGUUAAGAUGUCAAAUGCUAAAACUACUGCUUAAUAGUGAUCAUUUAACUAUUGUUAUAACUGAUAACUAAAAGUUGUAUGCUACCACGCAGCCCCUUUGUGAGACAUGAUGCAUGUUUUUUAAACAUCCGUAUGUAAUUCUGUUGUCCCUUCCAUUUUAUUUGGAAUGUAAUAGUUUUCCCACAAAUGGUUUUGUUAUAAAUUCUGUAUUGCCUUUUAGGAGUUUAAAUGUACAUUUUCUGCAUAAAAAUUGUCUUGGACCAUCUACAUUUAACAAGACUUUAUUUUUACUAUGUCUUAACUAGAAAUUGGGUUAGUGGUUAGAGAAACCUCAAGCAUGCCUUCAUGUCUUUGGAAUUAGGAAGAGUAACAGAGCUACCGGCUGUUUGGUAUGUUCAUACAAUCCCGGAAUUAAUAGGUGGACUCGUUUAUUUUCCUAUAAAUGAUAAUUUCUGUUUUAUUUAAAGAAGCAAUACUAUUAUAUAAUAAAAGUUCUGUUAUCCUUGG